AUAUGGCUGAUCGAACGGCUAUUUCCGUGUUCUCUGGCUUGCCAAGGCUGAAUGGCAUGACCUUGCUUGAUGCCACGAAGCUUGCUACUGGUCAACUGCUCGAGUAUGCAUCUCGGCAGCAUAUUUAGAACAGCCCCAAAUCCGUUGCACAAAGCGGUCUCUUGACAACAAAAACGGUCGAAAUGGAUCUAGUUCCGGAUGCCUUACAUUCAUUUUGGAAGAAGGCAUUUUCGUUCUUAUCUACUUUUCUGUUGCCUUCGAUAUAUGCUUGACAGGGAACCUCAUCGAUCUUCUUCCUUUGUAGUUCUUCCACUAUUCGCAUCCUACUAGAAGCGACUUCAAGGGAGCUAUGAUAACAUUAUUUUACGCUAUUUUUGCACUUUCCCAAUUUGAUAUCGGCGUGCUGGCACAACAGGCCGGAACGAGCACAACCACUGCCGCUGCAACUUUCACAGUAGACGUUGGUAAAGGUGGUCACACCUUUCGUCCGGAUGUUAUACAGGCCGAUGUGGGAGACAUCGUUCAGUUUAAUUUUUUCCCUCCAAAUCACUCAGUAGUUAGAGCGGAGUACCUAUAUCCGUGCAUACCAUAUGAGAAGAUCGCGGUUGGGAAAGAAGGUUUCUUCUCGGGUUUUCAUCCCGUUGAUGCCGUUCUUGACAACCCUCCGAGCUGGUCGAUACGUAUCAAUGAUACUGAACCGAUUUUCUUCUAUUGCUCAGCACCAGACUCGUGUAUAAAGUACCAAAUGGUCGGCGUUAUCAACCCUAACUCAACGGAAUUGUUGUCCACGCAAAAAGCUUACGCAGCAAAUUCGACUUAUAUGCUCCAACCAGGUGAAGAUUUUCCAUCUGAAGCUGGAGCUUCAACAACCGCGUCCAGUUCGAAUUAUCCCACGUCGACCGAAUCCGCGUCGAGUGCAUCGUCAUCCGCUCUCGCAGCUGCCACUUCUACCACGGCAGAGAACACUAGCCAUAAAUCAAGCUUUCCAGCUGGCGCAAUCGCAGGUGUAGUUGUCGGUGUCGUGGCUAUUAUUGCCCUAGCAGCUGCACUAUUUUACUUCAUCGGCCGUCAUCGUACAGUAAAGGCUCAACAAGCAGUAACUGGCAUGUUGAGUGCGGAAAAGGUCACAGGUGGAGGAGGUAACAGCCCAGUAGUGCCAAUGGCUGGUCCAGGAGAGUCUAUCAUCGGACCAGGGGGUAUGGUUUACGUUCCUGUACAAGCAACAAAUUUCCAAAGAAUGAGCGUGCCACCAACAUAUGGAAGUCCGGAUCCGGCACAACAGCGAGUUAGUACCUUUAGUGCACAACAGAUGAGCGCGACCGUACAUAGGACUUCCUCUCCCCCCGUUGAGCUUGAUGCCCCCAAAGGACAACAAUAUUGAGCAAGUAAGCGACGCGCAACAAAACUGUUCACAGAUGCUUGAAUUUUCAUUGUUAAUAAAGAGUCUUCGCAAACUUACCAAUUUCUAACCUUCUUUUCUGUCUUCGCUCAUAAAUGCUGCACGUGCUUAUUGAGGUGAAGUUAGGCUUUUUCGAACCGGAUAAAUGUUUCAAGUACGCAGGGUGUGGAAAUCUUCCGUAGAUAACAUUUCAAUUCGUCCGAUUCUUGCCAUUCAGAUACUCUUCGUGUACAUACUAAAGUG